GCGGCUGCGUUUGUUAGUGAAAUGAGACUCGGGUUUGAGUCAGACGGUCAGUCAGUCACUUAACAAAGCGGCAUAAACAUAUGACGACUUUCUUUCAUAUCGUUACACAAAGGGAAUAAUUUCGGCCCUCGUGUGUGAGUGAACAGGACCGAGUGGACUAGGUUUGAAUAUCCCGCCCUGCCAGGCUGCUCCGCCGAGCUCCACCGAGGCGGAGAUUCACAGCGCUCUCCCCUCCGGCACAGGCAGCAGUGUGUCGGGGAGCUCUGCCUGCACGGUUCACUGAAAGCGAACUAUCGCUGGAACAACAUUUCAACGCGACUUCUUUGUAGAGCGAAGCUUUUAUUUAAAAGCUGGAAAGUUGUUUUCCAGGGUCGAACAUUUAUUCUAGUUUUGCCUCUUUUUUUUUUCCUCUUUGAGAUGUGUCUCACGGAGAACUAGGAGCGGACAGCGCUGCACACCGUAGCCGGGAUGAGUGGGAGCUCCGCGUUCACCGGCGCGGCGCCCUGCCGCUUCGCCCAUUACUUUGUUAUUUGUGGGAUAGACACAGAAACUGGACUGGAACCGGACGAAUUAGCAGCUUUGUACCAAUGGCUAGAAGCAGACCGCCAAGGCAGGGAUCCUGAUGCUGCGGCCACAGGUGAAAACUUUGAGCAGAGCCCCCUGAAGAGAACGUUCAAGUCCAAAGUUUUGGCACGCUACCCUGAGAAUGUGGAGUGGAACCCGUUCGACCAGGAUGCUGUCAACAUGCUGUGCAUGCCCAAAGGCCUGUCGUUCCGGACGCAGGUAGACCAGCGAGAUCCACAGUUCCACUCCUUCAUCAUCACGAAGGAGGACGGCUCACGCACAUAUGGGUUCGUCCACACCUUCUACGAGGAGGUAACCAGCCCACAGAUCUGCUCCGCCAUGCAGACCCUCUACCAGAUGCACAACGCAGAGCACGCCAACCCCCCUUCCUCCUCCUCAUCCUCCUCCUCCAGCAUGGACUCUCUGGCCAGCAGUUUAGACGAGGCCGACUCGCCCACCUCCUCCACAUCUUCAUCCCGCAGGGCGGGUGGCUACGACUCGUCGCGGGACACUCUCUACGUGUCCAAGGCCCUGUGUCUGAUCGCGCCCAUGCCCUUCAUGCAUGCCUGCCGUCGCUUCUUGUCCCAGCUGCACAGGGCCGUCACCGCAGCCACCGCCCCACCGCUGCCGCUGGAAAGCUAUGUUCACAACAUCCUGUACGAGGUGCCACUGCCCGCCCCGGGGCGCUCACUCAAGUUCCAUGGUGUAUACGAGCCCAUCAUUUGUCAGAGGCCUGGGCUGGGGGAGCUGCCGCUGGCCGACUUCCCCCUUGCAAAGGCCUUUAGUCUGCUGGGAGUGGAAAACCUGGUCCAGGUGUUCACCUGCACCCUGCUGGAAAUGCAGAUCCUCCUGUACUCACAAGACUACCAGCGGUUGAUGACGGUGGCCGAGGGCAUCACCACCCUGCUGUUUCCCUUUCAGUGGCAGCACGUCUAUGUUCCCAUCCUACCCGCCUCUCUCCUCCACUUCCUGGACGCUCCUGUUCCCUACUUGAUGGGCCUGCAGUCCAAAGAGGGCACCGACCGCUCCAAACUGGAGCUUCCUCAGGAGGCCAACCUGUGUUUUGUGGACAUUGACAACCACUACAUCGAGCUUCCCGAGGACUUUCCCCACUUCCCCAACAAGACCGAGUUCAUCCAGGAGCUCAGCGAGGUGCUGCUUAGCUUUGGAAUUGCUGCCAACACAGGCGCCCCACCACGGACCCGCACCAGUCCCGGCAGCGCCCCUUCCACCCCUGGCAGAGAGCGCAAGAAUGUCGCCCUCCGGCAGCUCGAGGACGACGGGCGUAACGGCAACCUUGCUGGGGAGGAGCUGGCCGUGCUGGAGCUGCUGCAGGGUAACGCCACCCUGGAGAGACUGCAGGCUCUGACCAAGCGCACUGGGGUGACGGUGGCCCGCGUGGACGCCCUGAGAGCCGGAGUCAAAGCCCAGAGCACUGAGGGGCAAGGGGGCCGGACAGCAGCUGAGGAGGAGGAGCUAAAGAACGCCAAGCUGAACGUCCAGCUGAGGGAGGUGUUCGCCAGCCGCUUCACCACCAUGUUUGCAGACUAUGAGGCCUUUGUCAUCCAAAGCGCCCCGGACCUGGAGUCCUGGCUCACGAACAGGGAGCAGAUGCACAACUUUGACAAGGCCUCGUUCCUGUCCGACCAGCCCGAGCCCUACCUGCCCUUCCUCUCCCACUUCAUUGAGACGCAGAUGUUCGCCACAUUCAUCGACAACAAGAUCAUGUCCCAGUGGGAGGACAAAGAGCCACUGCUCCGCGUCUUUGACUCUCGCAUCGACAAGGCCCGCCUCUACAACGUCCGCGCUCCCAGCCUUCGAUCUUCCAGCUACCAGAGGUGUUCCAUCCUGAAGGAGUCCGCUCAGGCCAUCGAGCAGCGGUUGAUGAAGAUCGACCACACCGCCAUCCACCCACACCUGCUGGACAUGAAGAUCGGUCAGGGCAAAUACGAGCAGGGAUUCUUCCCCAAACUGCAGGCCGACGUGCUCAACACGGGGCCGACCAACAACAAGUGGUCUCACAGGACGGCGACAGCUCAGCGGAGGAAAGACCGUCACCGACAACAAACAGAGCACCUGCAGCUGGACAAUGACCUGAAAGAGAAGUACAUGCAGGAGGCCCGCAGCCUGGGGAAGAACCUGCGACAGCCCAAACUGUCGGAUCUGUCUCCCGCCGUCAUCGCCCAGACCAACUGGAAGUUUGUGGAGGGGCUACUCAAAGAGUGUCGCAUGAAGACCAAGCGUAUGCUGGUGGAGAAGAUGGGUCGGGAGGCGGUGGAGCUGGGUCAUGGCGAGGCCAACAUCACCGGGCUGGAGGAGAACACUCUGAUCGCCAGCCUGUGUGACCUGCUGGAGAGGAUCUGGAGCCACGGGCUGCAGGUCAAACAGGGGAAGUCGGCGCUGUGGUCCCACCUGUUGCACUACCAGGCCAGAGAGGAGAGGCUGGAGCAGCAGCAGGCAGAGUCACCAGAGUCACAUGUUCCUGAGAGGAGGAAGUCUGACUGUUCCAUAUCGAUGCCAUCUCCUCGCGUGUCGCUCAUACAGGAUAUGAGGCACAUCCAGAGCAUGUCAGAGAUAAAGACAGAUGUGGGUCGAGCCAGAGCCUGGAUCCGUCUGUCCCUGGAGAAGAAGGUGCUCUCUCAGCACCUCAAACAGCUGCUGUCCCGACAAGCCUUAACCAAGAAGCUGUACAAGCGUUACGCCUUCCUGCGCUGUGAGGAGGAGAAGGAGCAAUUCCUCUUCCACCUGCUCUCUCUCAACGCCGUCGACUACUUCUGCUUCACCAGCGUCUUCACCACCAUCAUGAUCCCGUACAGAGUCGUCAUCAUCCCCAUCAAGAAGCUGAGCAACGCCAUGACCACCUCCAACCCCUGGGUGUGUGUGUCAGGGGAGCUGGGGGACUCGGGCAUAAUGCAGAUCCCCAAGAACGUCCUAGAGAUGGCGUUUGAUUCUGCUUUCAGGCCUCACACGCAAAACUUCACCUUGUUCAAGUGUCAGAACCUGGGGAAGCUGACCACUGUGCAGCUGGGUCAUGAUAACGCUGGACUCCUGGCUAAAUGGCUGGUGGACUGUGUCAUGGUGCGCAAUGAGAUCACAGGACACACCUACAGGUUUCCAUGUGGUCGAUGGCUUGGUAAGGGCGUGGAUGACGGCAGCCUAGAGAGGGUCCUUAUCGGUGAGCUGGUGGUGCCCAGCGGAGAGGAGGACCCUGGGAAAAACUGCCGUACUCCACCGCUGCAGCGCUCGCCAUCCCAGACUAGACGCAUCAGCAUCACAUCUCUGUCUGGACGAGGAUGCAAGCCGACUUCAGGCCAGAUCCAAGAUGCCAUCGGGGAGGCUGUGAACAACAUCCUCAAACACUUCUCCAAGCCAGAGAAAGAGAGAGGCAGCCUGACCGUCCUGCUCUGUGGAGAGAACAGCUUGGUGGCGGCUCUGGAACAGUUCUUCUAUCACGGCUUUAAGUCUGCGCGGCUCUUCCAGAAGACUGUGUUCGUGUGGGACUUUGUGGAGAAGGCUGUAGCCUACAUGGAGUCAGCUGACCAGAUGGGAGACCUUCAGGAGACCGCAGAGCCCCUGGGGAUGACCUGUCAAUCACUCUGCCACUAUGUCAACGCGAUCAACUCCACUUCCCGGAACAUCGGCAAGGAUGGGAAGUUCCAGCUGCUGGUCUGCCUCGGAGCCAGAGACCGUCUGUUGCCCCAGUGGCUCCCCCUGCUGGUGGAGUGCCCAGUGAUCCUGCGGAUGUACGAGGACACAGCCCUGCUCAGAGACCGCACCACUGUCAAUGCCCUCAUCGGAGUCCUGGAGACGCUCCAUGACUUCCCCAUCACACUGGAAGCCUCGCUGGUCAAAGGAAUCGACCUCUAGCCACAGGAAGGGGACCACUGGGCCACCGCUCAGCUCUAUGUUUUUCUUCAAAGCCUCCCCUCACUACCGCCAACUUCACCCACUCUUCGACUUUUAGCCAAUUAGUUCCAAGAUUGGACCAUGAAGGAGGAAGUGAGGGUUAAGAAAUGAAAACUGAAGAGAGGUUUGGUUACCAAAGCAAAACGUUCCACUGCUUCAUGUGAGAGGUCAGAGCUUUGGAUCAAACAGAAGCUUGGAUGCAGUAUUAUUACCCCACAUGUGGCUCUGAAAGACUCUUUGUAAUCAAAUUACAACCAGUGUUUAAUCAUCUUUACUUCAUUAACUACAAAUCCCAAAUACUUUCGAUAACAAUACAAUUUCCAGGAUGAUUUCCUGCCUUCCUGGCAGCCGUUAGUUUCACCUGUUUUCAUUACACUAAAGUUCGACUUGAAGCAACACAAAGCUUGUUGGAGUAGUGGAUUUGAAAUAUUAUAAGUAGUAUCAUUUAAUUGUUGGUUUGAAACAUUUCAUAGGAUUUGAUGAAAACAAAACCAAUUCUUUAAAAUACACCAACCCUGCCCUCUGAAGCAGCUCAUGGAACAAUGGAAAUCAAUCUUUAAGAUCUGAAGUACAUUUUGGGACAUUUCUGACAGUAAUAAGCACAGACUAAAAAUAAACAGGGUGAGAAACCACUGCUGUGGUUCUUAAAAACUUUCAUAGCAGCAGCAGACAUUUGCCCGUGUGCUCGCUGUGUAGCCGAGCCUUCCUUCAGUAGGUACAACUAGAUAGACUGCUCCACCAUCCCCACACCCUAGUUAGCAUUAGCGAGCAUGCCUACAGGAUGUGGAUAGAUGAGACGACCUCAGGAAGAGACUGAGCGAUCACUGACGCACUGAAACGAAGACGGUGAUCCGUAACCUGUUGAUUCCUCACACUUCGCUCAGUGUUGUGGAGUGACCAGCUCUCCACGCCGGUUUCUUUUGAUUCGUUGGACUGUUGUUGGGCAUUUCUCCCACUUUUAACCUGUGGCUGAACAUAAAAACUGAUCUCAGUGAUGUGGUUCAGGAGUCAGGAGCUUAACCUGUGACUGCAUGGACAUUCCUACCAAACUACAGGCCACGACCUGCUGUUUUUAAAUGCUGUGCGUGUGAGUUUUAAUGUGUAAUGUAUGUCCUCCGAUGUGUGUGUCUGUGUGUUUGCCCUCCCAUUUAUUUUAGAUUUUUUGAACUCUUCAGAGUGAUCUACUGGUUUCUGUAGUGUGCUGUAACACUGUGUGUGUUUCAUGUAUGCCUCACACACAGUUUACCGUCAUCAUCACUUCAAGAACAGGUGAAAUGUUCAACAAAAUAAUCUGAAUUUACCAGCUUUACUGGAGCUUUCAACCACAGUGUGUUUGCUCAGCCGCCAUCAUCACGUGGCUUAAGUGGGGAACUAUGUGGUUGAAAGCUCUGUCAAAGACGUGUAAGUGAACCUUUAGUUCAGAUUAUUUUUGUUAAACUACCUUUUCAAGAUCGGGAGUGAACUUUUAGGUGCACGAACAAAAUUUUAUUUUCUCUAAAUUAAUGUAGUAAACACUGGAAUAAAUCCUUCAUAGAUCUGAGUUCAGAAUUAUGAGCUGGAAAAAUAUUUACAGCUUCUCAACUCAGAGGUCAUAAAUCUCACAUCUUCACCUCAUACUAGAUGAAUAACACAAAGUGUCCCUUUAAAUCACUUUUUUUAAUCCUUCUUCACAGUGUGAACAUGAACAUACACAAAGGCAAAGUGUGUGUGGUUGUGUGUAACAAUGUACGUAAGGCUUGUGAAGCUUUUAAAGGAAUAGUUCAACAUUUUGGCAAAUCCACUCAUUGGCUUUCUUCCAGAAGGUGAGAUGACAAGAUUGACGUCAACCUCGCAUCUCUGUCUUAAAUAUAGGGUAAACAAAUAGCCUGGCUCUGUCCAAAGUAAAAAAAACAACAACAAUGUAACCUCUGAACAACUGUGAAUCCAUAUUCCAGAAAUUCUGUGCGGUGUCUUCAUUUAUAGGAUGGGUUCACACACACACACAGUUCAGUGGAUUUGAUUUCUGUACGAACACAAUAGUAUCAAACACUGUGCAUGGUUAUAUUUUAAUCUUAAAACGACAGUAAACAAUCAUUAUUCCCAAUAUGUUGAACUAUAGUAACCUUAAAGCUGAUCAAUGAGCUUUAACAAACUAACACCUAACAAUGAAUAUUAUAGUUUGGUUGUUGUAAUUCUUCCAUUUUAAAGGGUAAAGCUGGUCCAUGUUUUCUUCUUGCCAACAUAGUCCAUAAAAAAACAACAGCCAAUGAAGUGUUAGUCCAUUUGUCAAUACUUUCCGACAAAAAUCAAUAUAAAAACACUGCACAAAUGUAUAGUUUAAUUUUUCUAAAAAAAAAAAAAAGUCCAGUAAUUUUGUAAAACAGCUGUUCACUGUUUUAAACAAAUGUCACGCAACAAGGAGGAAAUGGAGAAUUUUCAGGGACUAUUUUCAGCGGCGGAUGAAUCCACAUUUGGUUCACAAGUAGACAUUUGUGGGGGGGUUUUUCUUUUCUUUGGGUACAUGGCUAUUCGUUGCUGUUCAGGUCUUUUCAUGGGAUAUGUUGUCUAAAAGCAAACUGCAGAAUAUUGGUCUGUUGGAUUAAUUUGAGAUCAGUGUGUGAUGUUAAAAGCUAGCUGUCCAAACUCCCGUAUUACAUGAAUGCAACACGACCUCUGUCACUUAUAAAAGGAAGGAACAGGCUCUUAUUAUUUACAUGACAGGCUUUUCUACUUUAGCGACAGUCAGCAGAGAUGGGUGGAAACGCUCACAAUUAUUUUUCUUCAGACAGAUUUUUGUUCCCCCGUAAAACUUUCCUUGCAUGAGAUUUUGCCACUGUUGCCACGCCACACGUCUAAAUGGAUCCUUUCUGAGAAAUGGUGUAUAUAUUGUCAUUAGCGCAUGCUGACAUUUAGACUGUAUUUAUUGUGACCCUCUUUAAUGAAUCCUAGAUGAGUUUUGAGGGGACAGAAAGUGGACGUCUUUGUAACCUCGGUCCUCUGUAGUAUUUUUUGCUGUUUCCAGUAUUGAGUCUGUGAAAGACAGUCUGCCAUGGUUUGUUUUGAAUGUCUUGAUUUUAUGUAUUUAUUAAUUUAGUAUUAAUCCAUGGCGGGCUGACAGCAGCACUGGUAUCUUAAGGUUGAUGAAGCCUGUGGAAUAACUGGAAACAUUGAUGUCUUUAAAACAGUAACCACUGUUUCCACUUCAUGUGUUUUUGUCCUGUUUUAACCCUCUGCCGUGCCCCUGAUGCCUCACUGACGGGACUAUUUACAGCUCCAAAGCACAAAAACAGAUCCCAUCGAUGUCUCGUCCUGGAUUUGUUUGUGUACAAACUCUUGGCCACAGGGCAGACUUCAGGAGGAGGACAUGCUUUGUGGAUUCCUGGGAUUCCUUCUUAGACUACUGCUCAUUUUGCUUACUGGAUUUGUUACAUGAACAUGUCGAGUGGUAUUAAACCUAAGGUGUGUCUGCUGAGGCAGGAGACAGGAAAUGCAACAACAUGACAGUGAUGGCUACGUGUCCUGCUAAUGGCAAGAACGGACACCACUGGACAAAUAGAGUUUCAUGUCUGUGUUGGACUGACUACUCUGUUCUGAUAUUUAUUAUGCCUAUUUCAAUAAAAACAGCCACUGUGUUAAA